UCACCAAUAAUGUUCAAGAAAAUACUAGAAAUAUAGUAAAUGAAUUAACAGUGGGAGAUAAACGUGAUGAAAUAGUGGAUAUUCAAAUGAGUCAGCAAUACAAUAUUAAUGAAAAAGAACGAAUAGAAUAUUCUCUAUCUAAAUCGUCUGAUGCUGAUCUUAAUGCAAGUGGUGGGCUUCAAAGUUCUAAUAAGAUGGUAAACCUUUUACAAACAUCAAAUGAUCCAGAGUUUGGUAAAGAAAUAGAAUACAAGCAUGCUAAUACAAAUCAAGAUCCUGAUGUUGGAGAAGCAAACAUGUCUGAAAUUGCAAAAAGAAAUAAAAAUAAAAUACUUGCAAUUUCAUCAAUUAUUGACAAUCAACAAAAGCUAUCUACUUUAUUGUCAAAUAUUAAUGAACAAAAUCAAUCUGAUAAAUUAAUAGAUUUUCAG